ACAGUGACACAGAUGAAAAUGGCAGGAAAUUCCAAAGAAACAAAAAAAAAGAUGAUGAUAUUGGAAAUUCAGAGGAAAAAAUACAUGAAGAUUCAUCACUUACAAAGGAGGAGUUAAACUUGACCGAAGAGAAAAACAUUCCAAGUGUCGAUGAGCAAUCCAGGAACUUGGAAAAUAUUUCUACAGAAGACGGGGAACUUUCCAAACUUUCAACCGAGCUGGAUAUGGAAACAGGAAAGUACUUCCUGUCCAAUGACAGUAAAGAUAGUUCUGAUGUAGGUACGUCUUUGUCGCGAUCAGACCAGGUGGACCUCAGUGAUUCAGUGGUCAGUGUUUCUGAAGAUAAAGUGGACCUCAGUGAUUCACUUAUCAGUGUGUCUGAAGAUAAAGUGGACCUCAAUGAUUCCGUCAUCAGCUUGUCUUCAGACAAGGUGGAACUCAAUGACUCAGUCAUUAGUGUGUCUGAAGAUAACUCGAGCUUUAUAGAAAGUAAUGUUGGCGACCCUGUGCCAGAAUUUCUAUCUUCUGAUGGUGAGGAAAAGCAGGAAAGCAAGGACCAAAAUACUGACAAUGAAAAUGACGAAGAAAAAAUUAAUUCUGUGGAAAAGAUAAGUGGAGAUGGUGAUCACAAAAAGGAGGAGAAAGACAGUGAAAUGGAAGAUAACACAGCAGUGAAACAGCCUGAAGAUUCUGUGAAAGAUGAAAAUUCUGAAAAAACUGAAUCUGACACAAAUCAGAGUACAGAAAAUAAAACUGAUACAAGUAAGAAUAACAAUGCAGUCUCAGAGAACAGCUCAACUAUACAGGAAAAAGACAAUGAAGCUGUGGAAAAAGUGAAGGAUAUUGAUGGAUCAGACAUUUUAAUAACCAUCAAUGAAGAUUGUGAUAAAGAGGAUGAUUUGUCAAAAGACAAAAGGAGCAGCGUUAAGCCGGGACCUGAACAGCAGAUGCCCAAGGUGACGAGUACAAUUAAAGAUGAUGUAGUGAUUGUAGAUCUCUCAGAUGACAAGCCCUCGCCUCCAGUCCAGAAUAAGCCUCCCGUAAUGCCAUUUAAACCGGGGAUGAUCACAGUCGCACCAAACGGCCAGAGAUAUGUACAGCAUGUAAUUCAGUGUCUUGAUGGUCGCAAACAAAUUAUACAAGUCCCAGUGACAAGUGGUUCCUCCACAUCUCUUUCCAAAGGCCCAGGAGCUUAUACAAGUCUGAUUAACAAAGCCCUUACUAGUACCCAGCCAGCAACUGUUACCAAGCAGCCAGAGGCAAGCAUUCACCCUGAUGAUCUCAUCCCCCAGUCCAGCUGGGAACUGUUAGCCUUAGUGCAGUAUGAGGCAGCACAGAAGAAGUUUGAUAACACGUUCUGGAAUGGCAAUUGUCCAGUUAAAAAUGACAUUAGUUCCAUGACAAAGUUUCUACAAGACCUAGGAGGUGAUAUCGUGAAGCAGUCUGCUUACAGCCAGAUAGUGGAGGUUCAAGGACGAAAGUGUGACCAAGGCAAACUGGGAGACAAAGAAAAAGACAACCUGGAAAGAAUGAAAAAAGUAGUGAAAGAAUUAAAGGAGAAAUACAAGCAUUUAGAAUUGCAAACUGAGAAGUGUGCUGGUUGUAAUUUUGUCUCUGAAUCCAAAAAUGUGAUGGCAUUUCACAAAGAGCACCCACAUAUGAGUCCCCCAUUAGAUCCCUUUGGAACUCUGAACUGUCCACAAGAUGACUGUGAUUUCAGCACUUUUGCCUCUCCAGAGGCUUUUGCUGAACACAUGGAGAAAAAGCACUCUGUGAAAGCCAGAAUAUAUGACAAACCUGAUCCAUACAAGUGCCAUCUGUGCUAUUUUGAAGCAAAAGUGAAGAACAAUUUGACACGACAUAGAUUUAGGUGUGACAAACAGUUCAAACUUAACCAAAAUCUACACCCUAAUUACACAGAUAUUAAUUACUGCUUAAAGAACAUAAUGUACAAGUCCCAAAUAGAAGCCAAAAAAGCUAGAAAUAACCAAGUACCUGUACCACAAGUCACGAAACAACAGAUUAAACCUCAGCUGAUCAGGCCAAAAAUAGUCAUGACAAAACCGUCAGCACCCAUAAUGUUACAGCAAGGACCCAAUAAUGCUCAGGUUCCUUACAUGAUACCCCUCAGUCAAUCCCAAAUAGGUCAGCUCAAUUUCACAAGAGCAGUUAGACCUAUAGCUAAUCCAGUCUUGGUAUCCAUGGGUACAAGCGCAGUAACCAAGCAACCACCUCAGACUGUUGGAGCAAUGCUAAAACAACAACAACAGAGUCUUGCCAACAGACCAGUGGUACCCAAACCUAGCGUUCUACAGGGACAACAAGCAGGAUUCGAAGUGUGUGAGAUUUGUGGGGGCUAUGUCAAAGAUCGGAUGUCCCUACAAAUUCACUUCUUCUAUGCCCACAAAGUGGAUCUGCCUGCCGUGCUCUUCCAAAAGAACAGCCCCCAGUUUAGAUGUAAUGUGUGCCAAGCACCUUUCUGGACUGCCAUGGGACUCGCCAAACAUCGACAAAGCUCCAGACAUUUUGAUACUGUCAUCCAUGCACCUAGGACUGAAAUCAGAUGCUGGAUUUGCUUUCAGCAGCCAGAGAAUCUGUAUUCUCACUUGCAAACUGUUCAUCACUUGACCACAAAUGAGUGUAUGAUUCUCAGGCGAUGCAUGUUUUGUGCAAUUCAAACAAGGAAUAGAAAAGAUCUUGAAAUGCACAUGGCAACAUCACAUGGUAUCGUGAUUAAAGGUGCUCCCACUGCAGUGCCUUCUAGUAGUGCUCAAUCCACCAAACCUCAAGGGGCUCGUAAUAACUUCUGUGUGUUCUGUUCUAAACAGUUCCCUGACAACACUCAAUUGACUCUUCAUUGUCUCAGAGACCAUGCCACUUGCUCAGGAUGUGGAAUGGUGGUAUCGAGAGCAGCAGAUCUAGCGAAGCAUGUCUGCAAAUCAGCAGGACGCAAAUGUCCUGUCUGUGGCUUAAAGAACCUGAAACAAGCAUUCUACAAUAAACACAUUCGAACACAUCUGAAAAAGUGUUCAGUGAAAAUUAAAAGACUGACUGAAAAAGAAAUUGAAGUUGCCAUGGGUAAAGAACGAAAGGCUGAAAUGGACCUAGAAAAGCAACGAGAAAUUUUCACCAAACUUGAAUCAGAUAUUUGGGAUGAAAUUCAAAGUAGACGGAAACGUGAUGAUACUGACUCUACAAACUCAAAGAAGAGGAAGAGUAACGAAAGUGAUAGAUCAGCGAGCAAGAAGGCGAAACUUGAUGAAGAGGAGGAGGUAGUUGUUGUCGAGUGACUGGUUCACUGCGCCCAUAAAACUUAAUUAUAUAUAUACAUGUCAACAGAAGGCCACCACUAAAAUCAUCACUUUGUAAUUUCUUAAGGUGAAAAAUUGUUCACAAAAUCAUGUUGCAAGUUUUACAUCAUAAAUGAUGUUUUUGUAUAGCCAUUGUUUACAGAGUAUGUGAAUCCUAAUAGUGAAAUAUUGUGUGUGUGGAAGAGGUAUGUUACACAUUCCACAGUCUACGUUUAGUGCUUAAAAUCAAUACUUGACCUAAUUCCAAUAUCACAUUUAACAAGAUACAUGUACAUCUUUUUCCUUUUUGUGGAAACUUUAUACUGUCUUCAAGUAUUGUUCAAAUAGACAAUGAAGCUGUUAAUGGGGAAUGGGUUCUUUUUUCACUUUUUGUCACAUUUACAAAAUUUGAAAGUUAAAAUUUCAAAUGCAAGUUAUGAAAUUCCUAAAUUUUUGUGUUGGGAGGGGGAGGAUUGCUGCUUUGCUCAUGAAUAUUAAGAAUUAUGAUUUUUGUUUGAGGAAAAUGUAAGAGUUUGAAUGUUGUUGACUACAUAGAUGUGUUAUCAAGUUUUUUUACAUUGUUAUUCAUUGAAUAUUUUAUUGUUUCAGCAGAAAUUUAUCCAAUAUGGAACAGAUUUUUGCCUAAUUUUAUUUUUGCUUUGUUUUCCAUUUUUUCCUAUAUACAUGUACAAGUAGACUAGAUUUUUUUUCAACUGAAAAAAAAACCCAUAUUUAUAAUGACAAAAACUGUUCAAUAUCUGAAUUUUUUGAAAAACUGCUGGGAAUAUUUGAGUUUAGAAAAUAUUUUUGAAAGGAAAGUGAUUUUGUAUUAUCUGAUAAUUUGGUACUUUGUGAAUGGUUUAAUUCAGUUUGGCACUGUGAAGGCAUAGUGCUGAGAUAUUCACUAGUCUUGAUUAUUGUGAAGUCUGCAUUUUGAAUGAUCUGCAUCUGUAUCACUAUGUGACAUCUUGCUAGAUUUAUCAUCUUUACAAUACUUGGUCAUGUCUGUACAGUAGAGGUGUUGUGCUAUCUGUAUAUUGUCACAGUAUCUCUUAUUAAAGAUGAUGAAAUUUU